UUGUUUUCCUCCCCCUUGACCCGCGAUUAUGGUAGCCGUUACAAAUCUAAAACUAGAAAUUUAUGUAGAAACGCCAUCAAUAUCCUAAAAAUCAAAAAUGGGUGAACAAGAAAUAAAGAAGAAAGAACAAAAAAAAAUUACACAUGGCAUGGGGACAGAGGCCUGACAACGAUUUCUAAUGCCAUAAAAAUAAUAUUUAUAUUUUACAAAAAUGUUUGCAAUAAAAUAACACAAACAAUCAUGCAAGAAUACAAGUUAGAAAAAUUACCAACAAAAUAUACAACUAUAUUUUUGGUACAUAUUUUCUUCAAAUUGUACAAGUAAAAAAUGAUGCCCUAAACCAAUGUUUAAAUUUUCCUUCAAGUACUGGAACGGCUAUGGAUACUGGCGUGUGGACAAGCAGCUAGUUGUGUCGUGGGAGAUGAAAGAGCAGUGUGGGGACAGGGACAAAUGCACUUGAGUGGUUAAGAAGGACGGACUAUACUUGAGACAUGGAAGACGAUAUUUUUAGUAACAAGUACACGGUAACGAGAGGUGGAAUGAGUAUGUUCAACAUGAUGUCUUGUCCUCCAGAAAGCUUGCAGCUAAUUAGCUAUGCGGCGAUGUUGUUCAGUAUGAAGAUUGUAACAAUGUCGUGAUUUUCGUAUCGGUAUGUUGUUAUUCGUGUUAAUAAAACUAAAUUAAUGUGUAACUUUAUAAAUGGUGAAUGUGAGAAAAAACGUAUAUAUAGUUUAUGCAUGUCAUCAUCGAUGAACCUUGAGAGUUUACGACAAGACAUUGUGCGUCUCUGAUUUGGAAGUGAUAAUAAUUCUGUUUUUAAUACUUAACUAAUAAGGUGUAAAUUUGAUUUAUGUUUGUGGAUUCAUUGUUAAAGAUACAAAACUAUCCUAUAAUAAAAUAUAUAUAUAUCAUUCAUUUAAGAGAACAUAACGUUCUAGACUUUUCAGCCUAUGUGAUAAACAAUCUCAAAGAGGAUGAUGACAAUUGUGGUCAAAGUUUCUGAGAGACAGCACAUAUUGUUAUUCAACUUUUGCGAUUUGCUUUCUGUUUUAUAACCAAAAAUAGAUGAAAAUACCUUCUAGUAUUUCUAAAUAUGGCAGCGGCAGCAGUAACGGUCUAGCUAGUUGUCAUCUAAUGGACAUUUAUAUAUAGGUCACACCUUCACCUGUUCAAAUAUGUUCCAUAAGCACCAAGACUCGACGAUAAAUCAACAUUCAAGAAAACAUAGCAAGCGAUUAAUCCAAAUGGCAAGAAACCAAGGCUUGUGGCUCUUCGUGGCGGCGGUUGUGGCCGUAGCAUUGUUACCCGCACCGACAAUGGCGGGUCGUCUAGAGCUAAGGAACGAGAUCGAAGGGGUCGCCGUCCGGAAAGCGAAGCUGUCCAUGCGGUGCUGGUCGAACGAGGACGACCUCGGGUGGGACGUGAUAAAGCCAAUGGAGUCACGGCUGUGGAAGUUCACGACAAUGAACAUGUGGCCGUUUCAGAAGACUGAGUUUCGGUGCCAGUUUCGAAGCGGGUUUGGAACAACGAACCAAGAAGUGGUGACCGUGUUCUCUGUCAAAAGCGGGUUUCGGAGGGAGUGCGGAUUCUUAGGAGAUGAGUGCACUUGGGUAGCGAAGAGAGAUGGGUUCUAUCUGAGGAAGGUCAUAAAGGACAAGGAUGAUACUAAGACCUUUGUUGAUAUCCUCAAAAGCAAAUGGGUUUGGAAAUGGUGAUUUUUAAAAAUAUUUUUGUACAUUUCUUUUAUCAAACAACAUUCAUUAUACGGUUAAAUCCAUACAUACAUGACCGGUCCUAAAAUUUAUAAGACUUGAAAUAAUUAUCGAUUACAAACUAAAUGACUAAUAUUUUUUCGUAAACUGAACGUAUGCUUAAGCCAAGUUUGGUCGGUCGGAAAACUAUUCCAAUAAAUUAUUUAUUCAAUCAUAUAUGGUUUACAUGGGAAAAUACAAUACUUCUGGUUCCAACUUUUUCUGCUAAUGAAUCCGAAUAUAUGUUCCGAUUCUUCAAA